CCGCGAUAAACUCUCGAUUGGAGACCGGAAGUUCGCCCGACUAAACCCCAUCGCGUCACCUUCCAGGUUCCGCGUUCACACGCGGGACUAAAAAUGCUGCAUGAAGAUCACCUGAUGUCUUCUUCUUCUCUUGACUCGGUUUAUUCAGUCGUCCCUUUAAUUUUUCCCCCGCAAUGGAAACAGCUCAUCCAGCAUCAUCAGGAGCUGCUCUUUGAUCUGGAGCUGGCGUGUGCGCAUGCGCAGCUCAUUGCCUUCGCUGCACUGGCUUCAGUAAGUUGGAUGCGCGCUGUCUUCAUCAUCACAUCCAAAAGCCCAUCAAAACUGUUGCGAUGGAGAGUAUCGGAAAAACCCCGCACAUCUUCCUGCUGUGUCCGCUGAUCGUGGCCGUGGCGUGCGCGCAAAGUAUCAGAGACCCGAGCAAUAUGCCGGUGGUCAAAGACACCGUGGACAGACUCAUGAAAGGAUACGACAUUCGGCUGAGGCCAGAUUUCGGAGGCGCUCCGGUGGCGGUAGGGAUGAAUAUAGACAUAGCCAGCAUAGACAUGGUGUCCGAAGUAAACAUGGACUACACCCUCACCAUGUAUUUCCAGCAGGCCUGGCGAGACAAGCGCUUGUCGUACUCGGAGAUCCCUCUCAACCUAACUUUGGAUAACCGCGUGGCUGACCAGCUGUGGGUGCCCGACACCUACUUCCUCAACGAUAAGAAAUCCUUCGUUCACGGGGUGACGGUGAAGAACCGGAUGAUCCGCCUGCACCCUGACGGCACCGUGCUCUACGGGUUAAGGAUCACCACCACCGCCGCCUGCAUGAUGGACCUGAGGAGAUACCCGCUGGACGAGCAGAACUGUACGCUGGAGAUCGAGAGCUACGGCUACACCACAGAUGAUAUCGAGUUUUACUGGCGAGGAGGAGACGGGGCUGUUUCUGGGGUGGAGAGGAUCGAGCUGCCGCAGUUCUCCAUCGUGGACUACAAGCUCAUCUCCAAGAACGUGGUUUUCUCCACAGGUUCUUAUCCUCGUCUGUCUCUGAGUUUCAAACUCAAGAGGAACAUUGGUUACUUCAUCCUGCAGACCUACAUGCCCUCGAUCCUGAUCACCAUCCUGUCCUGGGUGUCCUUCUGGAUCAACUACGAUGCUUCUGCUGCCCGCGUGGCUUUAGGUAUCACCACCGUGCUGACCAUGACCACCAUUAACACUCACUUGCGAGAGACCCUUCCCAAGAUUCCCUAUGUGAAAGCCAUAGACAUGUACCUGAUGGGCUGCUUUGUCUUUGUGUUCCUGGCUCUGCUGGAGUACGCCUUCGUCAAUUACAUCUUCUUCGGGAGAGGACCUCAGCGGCAGAAGAAAGCGGCGGAAAAAGCCGCCACGGCCAACAACGAGAAACUCAGGCCCGACCCCAACAAGUGGUUGGUGGGAAGUGUAGUUCAGAGAGACGAUGCUCUCUAUGCCAGAAUGAAACAGAGGGAAAUUGACGGGUAUGACUCGAUGUGGGAUCCGAUCUUUGCGGAGGAUGCAGCAUUAGGACUAGGCGAUCAAAGACUUAAGAUGACCCCCGAUGAUAUCCGGCUGACCACGGUUGAGAUGAAGAACGAAAUGGGUCCGUCUGAUCUGUCCCGGGGUCUGGGUGACCCGCGUAGCACCAUGCUAGCCUACGACAGCUCCACCCUUCAGUACCGCCGGCCGGCCAUGGCUCGGCAAAACUAUGGCCACAGCGCUCUGGAGCGCCACGCCACCCAGAAGAAGAGCCGGCUCAGGAGACGGGCUUCCCAGCUCAAGGUCAACAUCCCGGACCUGUCCGACGUCAACUCCAUCGACAAGUGGUCGAGGAUGAUCUUCCCCACCGUGUUUUCCUUCUUCAACAUAGUUUACUGGCUUUACUACGUGCAUUAAAAGGAUCCGGGGCGCGGAAACGGACCAAACCAGAAAACAAGGAAGAGUUUAAAAAAAAGAGAAUAAAACAAUACACCUUUUGCUGAUUUAUUUCAAACAUAUAGCGGAAAGACUGAGGAAAGACGGUCAGAGUUUAAAAAAAAAAGAGAAAAUCAGGAUUUCGUUUUUUCCGUUCGUAAAAGACACACAACCGGAGGUAAAAAACAAAACAAAAAAACAAACAAAAAAAAAACACGCAGUACAGGGCUUGUUCCAGAGUUUCAAUAUACCACUUCUAUUUGUCAUAUGUAGAUUACUCUGUGGAUCAAAUAUUUAUGCUUGUCUUUGCAUAUAUUUUAAGGAUUUGUUUUUUGGGUUAGUAUAUGUUUACUUCGUAGCCAACUGCAUCCGAGAAAGCUUUACACAAGGAGUCGGUCGUGAAAGUCUAUUUUCCUAUAGUUAAGCUGUAUAUCAGAUCUCUUUUAAAAAGCAUGCUUUGGUUUGUUUUCUUUAUCUCUUGCAGAGAGCUGGAGCACAAUGCAUUUUCAUUUGACGCUUCUUCUGUUCUUUCCAAUGAGUUUGCAGGAUGCAAUGCAAAGACUCUGUCAGGAAGCCAUACAGGGUAUUUUCACAACAGGUCCUUUUACUAUUGCUUUUUUUUUUCUUUUUCUUUUUUUUUUAGCGAUUUUUUUGAUGUCGGGCCAAAAAGGAAACUCAGCCCUAUUAAAACAAAGGUUUUAUGUGAUGCAGGGGAUAUGUGAACAGGCUGGGCCACGAUGAAGGACGUAUAUGUAUCCCAUGGACAGGGACGGACUGACAUGGACCAUUACCCUGGUGGAUGGACUCUCUGUCCGCUCCGGCUGUGUCUACAGCACCUAGGCCGUGUAAAUGCUAAACAGUCCUCAUCUCUACACUGUAUAAACUUUGUGCGGUGAGCCGCUGAGGGUUACCGGCUGUUUAACAUCUCUCUCUCGAGUGUCUCGAGAUCGGACGAGGCGAGCGAACCUCAACGAAGAAAGACGCAAUAUAUCUGUAAACCAUUAACACUAUCGAUAGAUAUAAGUUGAAAACUAGUAGCUGAUAUUACAUCAUGGUUAAAAAAGAAAAAAGACAAAAAAAGAAACUUUCUGAUUCAAUAGUUAUAAUAUCAGAUGUUAAUGUUAUGGUUCAUUAUUUAAACGUAUUUUUUGGUGUAUUAGAUUUCUUAAUGUCGAAGACUUUGGUUGAUGAGAAAAAAUAAAUUCUUGCUUCGUAAUAAUCGGGCGGAAGGAUCCGAAAACUUUUUUCAAAGGCCUCAAAGCGCACCAGUUGAAUUUGAGCGAGAAGCCGAUCGUUGCUACUCUGAAAUUUAUGCUAACUGUCACUUCAGUUCACUAACAAUACGUGAAGGAUCUGGAUCAUACAAUCAAGGCAUCUGUCAGGCAAUUUUGUAUAAAAUCCUGUAAAUUAUAAUGAUAUUUCAUAAUGACCUGUAAAUAUAUAUAUUGUGUAAUGAUUGUCAACAAUAAUGAAAAUGUAUCUAAAUUAAAUUAUUAAAGCUCAAUGAAGCUUAUAUCUCUUAAA